GAGUGUGUUAGGACGACACGAUUAAGUUCGGACUUGCGGAGGCCUACCGGGCGAGGACUCCACGCCCAAAGCCAGUGCUCAGUCUACAACUUCGCUUGAGAGGCGGGCGAGGCCGCUGGACUCCAGGGAUCGCUCUGGGGCCGCUCCAAAGGAGCGAAGCCGGCCGCAGCUUCUGCCAUGGUUGGGCCCGCCGUGCUGCGCGCUCUGCGCAAGAACAAGACCCUUCGCUACGGAGUCCCCAUGUUGUUGCUGGUUGUUGGAGGUUCCUUCGGGCUGCGUGAAUUUUCACAGAUUCGAUAUGAUGCCGUGAAGAUUAAGGUUGAUCCCGAAUUGGAAAAAAAAUUGAAAGGAAAUAAAAUAACUUUAGAGUCAGAAUAUGAGAAAAUAAAGGACUCCACUUUUGAAGACUGGAAGAAUAUUCGAGGCCCGAGGCCCUGGGAAGAUCCUGAACUCCUCCAAGGACAAAACCCAGAAACUCUUAAGCCUAAGGCAGCCUGACUGUGCUCAGCUUUUCAAUAAAAUGUCCUCACCUGGCCCUGUACUCCACUAGGAAGAAGAUCCCAGACCUGUACAGACUUGGAUGUGAAUAAUGUAAUGGCAGAAUGUUUCGAUUAAAAAGUCAAAUGUGAGUCUUUAUGCUUCCCGGUCAGUCUGAUUGCAGACGAAAGGAGCAGUGUUGAACACACGCACACACGCGCACACACACACACACACACACACACACACACACACGCACCCCCUAGUAAAAAUGUGACCACCAUACGAGCCAUAACUCCUGCCACCAUAACGAGCCCUCGCUACCAACCACUAGUACAUUUUGCUACAUCAUUUUGGAUUCUGAUGAAAAUCAAAGACUGGGAUCCAAAUUUUCCCAAUAAAAUUGUGACUUUAUGUUAAACUGAUAACUGGUCAUAAUCUAGUAAUGAUCUGUCUUUUAUUCCUAACACGUCAUAAAGCAGCCUCUGAAACCAUUGAGCCGAUUAAGGAAAUUGCAUCAUUUACCGAAUCCAUGUGCAAGUGCAGUGCAUGCCGGUAGGAAUAUAUGCCACGUUCGUGGAGGUUAUCAGAUGCCUGCGGCUUGGGCUGGAAGUCGGUUCUAUUUUGCCUGUGAGAUAUGCUGUGGUCCGAUUCCUCAGCGAAGUGAAGGCAGGGUUUGUUCUUAAACCAACAGCUCAUUUUCCCCUUUCACCUCUGCUUAGGCAGGCCUAGCCCUCCACCCCGUGUGGUUUUAAUGCUGAACUCUAAAUACCUCAAGUUUCAGCUGCGAUAGCCCCACUAUCACUGCUCCUCAAAAUAAUAAAACAUCCUACUUUUCCCUCUACCAGGCUUCUAGUUUGUUUCAACAGAUUAGUUUUAGUAAUCUUAGAAUGAUAUUUAAUGGAUAAUGACAAACUGAUUUCAAAGUUACUGUCUUAGUUACUUUUCUUUUUUUAAUAAUUUAUUUUAUAAAAGAAAACAAACUAUCUUUUUUACCAAUCCCAGUUUCCACUCCUUCCCUUCCUCCCAUGGAGAAACAUGCCUUACUGGCUUGCUCCCAUCGCUGACCCAGCUUCAUUUCUUAUAAACCCCAGGGUCGCUCUGCCGUCAAGCACAGUGGGCUGGGUUCUCCCACAUCAAUCGUCACUCAAGAAAAUGACUUGCAGACUUGUCUCCAGGCCAAUUAUUACAGAGGCAUUUUCUCAACUCUGACUCCUUAUUCCCAGAUGACCCUAUCUUGUGUAGAGUUGACAUGAAAACUGACCAUAAUAUCCGCCCCUUGUCAACUUGCAACACGAAUACAGCACUUACUAAGCCAUAGCCUGUCUUGCUCUUCCAUGGUGUCAUGCUGAUAUUAAUAUGACAAUGUAAAGACCCCAGCCUUUAAAAAUUUCAGUCUUUAAAGUUCAGUCUUUAAAAUAUCGACUCUUUCAAAGUUCAAAGCCUCUUUAUAAUCCACAGUGUCUCUAGCCAUGGGCUCCUGGAAGAUAAAACAAGAACAAAACUAAAGAUAACAGCUAAAUCCUUUCUUCCUCCGAGAGGGAAGAGCCAGGGCAUGCGCAGUCACAAUCAAAUAAAAUCAUCCCAAAAUUCACCAGUGUAAAGAGUUUGAUGCUUGGCGUCUGGGAUCCAUUCACAACCAUCCAGACAAUAAAGGUCACCUGCCACAAUCCCCCCCAAACUGUGUGCUACUGGUCUCUUGUGCCAAUGCAUUCAAGGCCACUUCCCACUUUCCCUUCUAUCAGGUUCAGUGUAACUGGUUUCACACCGAGUUCCUCGAUUCACUUGGACUUGAGUUUUGUGCAUCUAUUUACAAUCUUUUACAUGGUGAUAUCCAGUUAUGGCAACACCAUUUGUUGAAGAUGCUUUUCCUUUUCCAUGGUACCAUUUUUGCUUCUUUGUCAAAAAUCAGGUGUUCAUAGGUAUGUGGAUUAAUGUCAGGGCCUUCUAUUUGGUUCCAG